AUGGUUCGUCCGGAGGACACGAUUAGGGUACCCCGUCUGUACCAUGGCAAUACGGAGGAGGAUACCGGAAGCAGAGGAACACCAGAACCGAAUGUUCCCCCUCAUCCUUCCACCAAUGAUGGACGACUGAAAAGUGAAUCAGAAACGUCACAAGGCAAUGGACACAUGGGCAAAAGUGGCAAUAGGACCAGCGGCAGUGCGAGACCUCACCCAGGCCCUAAGCUGAUUUCGCAAGAGGAGACCACUGAACUUGCCCGUCGCGUGGUGGAGAAUGAGAUCCAAGAGACCAAGCGUUCGCUGGCUGGAAAUGAGGCUGUCAGUGACGUUGUUAAGCCAAAACUGACGAUCGAUCUGGGCCAUUCGAACAUUGUCAGUAUUCCCGAAUCUGUGGUCGAUAUCAUCAAAGAUGAAGUUGAAAGACUCUCACUGUCGAAUAAUCAUAUCUUCCACAUCCCUUUCCGUUUCUCAGAGUGCUCCCACCUACGAUACCUUAACAUUCGAAUAAACAAUUUUCAGGUGUUUCCCAAAGGAGUGUAUAAAUUGCCACUCCUGGAAAUCUUGGACAUUAGCCGAAACAAGAUCAGCCAUUUACCGGAAGAAAUAAAAGAGUUGACCUCCCUACGCGUCUUGUCGGUGAUGCAAAAUCGUCUCGAAGACCUACCUUUUGGACUCUCAGAAAUGAGCAAGCUCCAGGUUUUGAAAGUCGCCGGGAACCCGUUAAAAGCUCCUCUACUACAAGCGUUGGAAGAUUCAGAAUCGGUAAUUGCACCGUCAAUGUCUGACAAUGAGAAAGAAGUUGCAGUCACUGCCGAGUUGAAACAGUUCCUGAAAACACGGCAAUUGGGAGUACAUAGGUCAGAGCGCCCCGCGCUAGCGCUCGGAGAGCCCCGGAGAGUACAUAGGUCGGAGCGCCCCGCGCUAGCGCUCGGAGAGCCCCGGAACACCCUUAGCGAGUCCCGCUAA